CUUCUGACACGCGGGAAUUGGCGGUUUUGAUAGUUGUGAAAUGUUUUUCUGUCGUCGGUUUCUUUCCUGAGCUUAAAGACGAUUUUAAUGUUUGUCAUCUUUGCUGUUUCAACUAGGCUCUCCACACAGUGGUCAGACGUGUUGUUUUAAAUAGAUUGAGAGUGGCCGGAUUCCCCGGAAAAAGGGCAAUUUGUCAUGGAGUCUUUUCAGAAAGUGGAGAAGAUAGGAGAGGGAACAUACGGGGUGGUUUACAAAGCAAAGAAUAAAAUCACCGGUGAGACUGUGGCACUCAAGAAAAUCAGAUUAGACACGGAGACUGAAGGUGUUCCCAGCACUGCCAUUCGUGAGAUCUCUCUGCUGAAAGAGCUCAAUCACCCAAACAUCGUCAAGCUGCGAGAUGUAAUACACACAGAGAAUAAGCUUUACUUGGUCUUUGAAUUUCUUCACCAAGACCUGAAGAGGUUUAUGGACGCCUCCUCUGUCACUGGCAUAUCCCUGCCACUCGUGAAGAGUUACCUUUUCCAGCUGCUGCAGGGAUUGGCAUUCUGUCACUCUCAUCGUGUUCUUCACAGAGACCUUAAACCACAGAAUCUGCUGAUCAACGCCCAAGGCGAGAUCAAACUAGCUGACUUUGGGCUGGCCAGAGCAUUCGGUGUUCCUGUGCGCACCUAUACACAUGAGGUUGUAACGUUGUGGUACAGAGCCCCAGAGAUUCUGCUGGGAUGUAAAUAUUAUUCCACAGCUGUUGACAUCUGGAGUUUGGGCUGCAUCUUUGCUGAAAUGAUUACUCGAAGGGCAUUGUUUCCUGGAGACUCAGAAAUAGACCAGCUCUUCCGAAUAUUCCGAACACUGGGGACUCCGGAUGAGUCUGUUUGGCCAGGUGUUACCUCAAUGCCGGACUACAAACCCUCCUUCCCUAAAUGGUCUCGGCAAGACCUGUCCAAAGUGGUGCUGCCCCUUGAUGAGGAUGGCAGAGACCUUCUUGGGCAAAUGCUAAACUAUGAUCCCAACAAGAGAAUCUCAGCCAAGAAUGCACUUCUUCAUCGCUUCUUCCGUGACGUCACCAUGCCAGUGCCCCAUUUACGCCUGUGAGAUACCAUCCGUGAGUGUUUCGACACCCCAGGACUGAGUGUUGGGUCCACCUUUUUCUGAGAAUUAAUCAGUUGCUAAGUUGUUCUUCAGUUUUAUAAUCGAUGAGCUGUUGUACCUUUCCUCAAGUCUUUCUGGUUUGUUUUUAAUCUAUCCGCUGUAAAAUUGUCAUGUUAUUGAAAUACUGUAGUGCUAGUAGUAAGCAUUUAAUUAACUUUGACAUUGUUUUCCCAAAAUUAUCUGGAGGAAUGUAGAUGUGCAUUAUAGAAUAUUUUCACUUAUAGAAGAUUGUAUUUCUCAAGUCAUUCUUGUUUGGAGAACACAUCCCUUGGUUAGACAGAGUUAAAUUUGUUUAAUUGUCUUGGUCAAAUCCCAUGAUUCAUAAAAUAUGGAAUUCUCUGUUUACCAGCCUUAUGUAUGUAAUAUUAUUUUCGACAGCCAAACUCUUUCCUUUUCCAAGUACUAAUGAAUGUUUUUAAACCUAAGGUGUUUUGACAGUUUUUACAAAUUUGAAGAACCUUACUGUGAAAUAUUAUAAUUUUUUUUCAUAAACUAGUUUUUUCUACAACUUCCAUUGAAUUCAAGUCAUGUAU